AUGGGUGAUAAUCAUUUAAAAAUUGAUAAUUUAAAACCACUAUCUAUUGGUAAUAGAAGAAAAAUAAAAAAAAUGAAAUGUUAUGAAAUGUAUAUUUUUUAUAAUAAUAGAGGUGAAAUUAUUGAAGAAGAAAUUAUACGUGAAUUAAAACCAAAAGUUAUAAAAUCAAAACAUUUUAAUUACAAAUGGAAUGGUACUUUACCAAUAUCUAAUAAAAUAUCAAAAGUUGAUUUAAAUAAUCAGGUAUUAAAUCAAAAUUAUAAUAAACAAAAGUUAAUGAAAACAGUAUUAUCAAGAAAUAGGACUAUAACAAGAAUUACACCUUUUUCAUUGUCACAUAAUAAUGAUAUUAGAAGAUCCCCAACAAAUUAUAAUAUAAAUGAAAAUUUUCAAACAUUAAAAAAAUCACUUUCAUUGAAUAAAUAUUAUCAAUAUAACAUUAAUAAGUUAAAGUCAGCUUCACAUACAAAUGAUCCAGUAAAAAUAAUGUAUAAUGAUAAACAAAACAAACCAAAUAAAAACAAAUAUGGAAAAUAUCCAAAAACUUAUGUUAAAACAUCAAUUGAUUCAAUUGCUGAUGAAAAAACAGAAAAUAUAGAAAAAAAUGAAACAAAAAAUUUAUCACAAUUAAUGCCACCAUCAGCUAUUCCUUACAAUAACAAUAGAUUAAUGCAAGCAAAAUUAAAUAAUAAUGUUAUUCUUGAUAAAGAUAUACCAAUGAAAGAAGAGAUAUCAGAUGAAAAUUGUCAAAAAAUACAAACAUUUGCUAAAAGUUUUGGUAUUAUUAAUGUUCAAGAUUGGGUACAUAAUAAUUGUUUUUUAGUCAAAUUAUAUAUACCAAAUGCAACUUGUUCUCAAAUUAAUCAUCUUAUUGAUUCCUGUUAUAAUAAAAAGAAUAUUUAA